CUUAUACUACUGAUAUAUAUCUAUAUAUCUAUAUAUACAUACAAGCUUAAUUUAUCAUCCAUAUACUGAUUUAUUUUGUUUAGUAUUUUAUUAUAUACAAGAUAAAAUGAACAUAGAUUUACAUCCUUUUUAAUGAAAAUAAACAUUUGAAUGAAUAAAGUAUAUUUCACAGUUAAUAAUGCAUAAUUAUGAAUAGAAGUGAUAAAUGUCUUCAUUCUCUUCUUAUUUGUAAAUUGGUUGUUUUACUUUCAUGGAUUAUAUAAUCUAGGCUAUAUAUUGAACAGAUUGAAUAAUGCUCAGUAAUAUAACUCAAUUAACAACAAUGAUAACAACCAUAGCAUCAACAAUAACCACAAACAAUCUAUCAACAUCACCAAUAAAUGAAGUGAAUCAAUCUAUGACAACAAGAUCAUUAGUAACAACUACUAAUAUUAUGCCAAUAAUCAAUGCAAAAUGUAAACCUAUUGAAUCAUUGGAAUUAUUUGGACGUGUUUACGGUGAUAUGCAUGGAUAUAUUACAUUAUUUCUAUGUCCUAUAUGUGUAUUAUCCAACAUUUGUAUUGUAAUUGUACUUAAUCAACGUGAUAUGAUAUCACCGACAAAUUUUCUAUUAACAUCAUUAGCAAUUAGUGAUGGUUUAUUAAUGAUUUUUUAUAUACCAUUUACAAGUUAUUUCUUAAUUGGUCGUCAUACACGUAAUUCAACUUAUAAUUGGGCUAUUUAUCUUUUAUUUCAUAUUAGUUUACAAAAUUUUCUUCAUUUAACUUCAAGUUAUAUUGUUGUUGUUAUAGCUGUAUUUCGAGUUCUUUAUGUUAAAUUUAUAGUAAAAUGUCAAAUUUUAUGCAGUAUGCAAAGAGCUAAACUUGCUAUUACAAUAGUAUUUAUAAUUAGUAGUAUAUUAUCUAUUCCAUGUAUUAUGAAUCAUCAUAUUGUACAAAAUAAUAAUGAACAUAAAUUGAAUAGUUACAUGGUUACUUAUGUAGAUAAUGAAGUGAUGUUAAAUUAUCUUUAUUGGAAUACAGCAAUAUUUUUAAAACUUCUACCAUUAUUAUGUUUAUGUGUACUUAGUUUUAUGAUUAUAUAUACAAUACGUAAACAAAAUUCACGAAUGAGAAAAAUAAAAACCAAAUCAAUUAUUUGUGUUGAUCGUAUUAUUGAAACAUCCAGUCCACAUGAUCCUACUAGUACAAAUUCAAUCAUCAUUGAUAAUAAUAAUAAUAAUAAUAAUGAAUUAGAUCAAAAUCAAAAUCAAUUAAUUAAUCAUGGAUCUAAUACUUUAUCAUAUACAACUAAUUCAUCAAUGUAUAAAAAUGUUAAUCUAUUAAAAAAACGUAAUACAUUUGAAAAUGAACGUGAAAAAGCAGAAAAUAGAAUGACAAAAUUUUUAUUAGCUAUUGUUUUCAUAUUUAUGAUUACAUUAUUACCUCAGGUUCGAAUUCGAUUAGUGGGAUCAUGGAAGCGCAUUGCUCAGAAAUGCAAUAUUAGAACGAAACGGCCAUCCUGUUCCUUCGGAUUUUUCAUGGUGGUCUAGCUUUAAUCGACUCAUGAACUGAACUAAUAAAUUACUAUAAUAUAGAAAAACCUUUUCUAAUUUUUUUAACAGCAAUAUUAUGGAUAGUUAAUCAUCGUCUACUUCAAAACAUUCAGGAUUAAAAUAUAAACUUUUUAUUUCAUAACAUCACAUAACUUAGGAAAAUCAAUUACAUGAAAAGAUGAAACUCUGACAGGAUAUAUAUAUAUAAGAUCGUUCAUACAUAUUUGAGGUGGUUGUGGAUUGCGAACCCUAAACUUAAGUUGAUUGUUAAUCGGAAUCCUUUAUCAAAGUGUACCAGCCCUGUUGAGAGAACUGGUGCUCUCUGAAAGAUUCGCUUUUGUGUCAUUCAGCCUCAUUGCCAAGCUAUUCUGGAGUUCGCUUUAAGAUUUUUAUAUUUGCAAUUGUUUCAACAAAGACAUGACUAUCUAGACCCUUUGAUGUUGAUUAAAUUCUAUGAGUUUAGUUGUACUAUGGCAAUAUGUACAUAUAUACUUAUGUGCAUAACAUUAUUAUAAUGUUUGUUUCUUUUACUAUUUUUUAUACAUUACAGGCAAUAUUACUAUUUUUAAGUGGACUUGUGGGUGAUUGUUUCACAGAUACUGUGUAUAAUGCAUUGGGUGAUUUUAUGGAUCUAUUGACAAUUGUUAAUAAUGGUAUUAAUUUUAUACUGUAUUGCUCAAUGUCACAUCAAUUUCGUACAACUUUCAUACAAUUCUGUACAAGGAUAUUUAAAAUAUGUAAAAGGACCUAAUGCCCAACAUUGAUAAAUCUUUGAUUUUUGCUUAUUCUUUUCAUUCUUUUAAAUGCAUUUUUCAACAUCCCAAUCGUGUUCUUUGUACACUUCACAUUUCCACAGUGAGAUACGUAUGUACAGUAAAACAAUAAUGAAAUAAAAAUACAUAUGGAACUAAAGGAAAAGAAUUGUAAAUGUGAUAUGUAGCUAGAAUAAAUAAAAAUUGAGUUUUCUUGACGAGAUUUGAUUGUAUCUUACUUAUUGUCUAUUUAUUGUUUACAAUGAAACCACAAUUAUGUUUGGUAAUCCAAUAUUAUUCUAAAAGAAAGACUGAAU